AUGGUAAUGAAAAAAAUAUUUGUGACUGUUGGAACAACAAAAUUUCCAAAACUUAUUGAUGCGGUUACUACAGAAGAUGUUUUAAACACAAUUAAAUCCUUGGGUUACAAUUUUGUUCAAAUUCAGACUGGUAAAGAGUUUUCCAAAGUGCACAUAGCUCCGGAUUUACCUUUGUCAUACAAAUUACAUUGCAAUGGCGAAAACGGCCAGAUUAUACUAAAAUUUGAUGAUCUGAUUUUAAAAUACGAACCGUACUUUGAAAAUUUCGAAGAAGAAAUUGUUAACAGUGAUUUAGUUAUAAGCCAUGCUGGUGCUGGAACUUGUCUAGAAGUACUUCGAAAGAAGAAAACAUUGUUGGUGGUAAUAAAUGAAGACUUGAUGGACAACCAUCAAAUAGAACUAGCAGAAGAACUUCAAUCCAGGGGUUAUUUAUAUUAUAGUACCUGUGACACAUUGAGUCAAGUGUUAAAAAAAGAUUUUUCUAAACUAAAAGAUUAUCCUCAACUAGAAAAAAAUAUAUUUGCAGAGUAUCUAGACAAGAGUAUGGGAUUUAUAUGA